GUGAAUGAGCUCGGUGUGUUUGUCUGAAUAUUGAUUUUUAAUUGGAAGCCUGUUGACUUGGAUGCGACAAGUUAACAUUCGAAUCUGCCUGAUGGUUCGCAAAGAACGGCCUUCUUUGAUUUAGUUGUUUGUACAUUAGCGUACCAUGCGGCGAGCACAAUGCUCCUUUUAUUACGAAUCGGAUGCUCACGACUCUCCCGGCGAUUGUUCUAGACAGUCAAUAUGCAGACACUGUUGGGAAAUCAAGCUUGUUGUUUCGGAGGUAUCGAUUUGGAACAUUCAUCUGAAGCCCUACAACAAACGGUGAUGAAAAGUCGGGACAAGGGAAACACAUACGCAUACCUGUGUUGUCAGAUGGGAGGACGACUUCUAUCUGAUCAUUUGUCAACACCUGUAGGGCUCCCGAAAUCCUCUUAAGAGUCUCGCUUCUACAGUCCUCAUUGCACAGCGGUAUAUCUGGUUCUCGUAUCAUUUCGACAUAAUUGGGAAAAUCUGGUGGUUAUUAGAUAACUGGUCAUUACGCAGCGGUCAUUAUCUAACCACGAGGCUGGGGUAGCAGUGGACACCUCAUACUGACCAGCUAUUGUCUGGCCACAACGCUGACUGUUUAGGGUUGAAAUGCGACCACGAGAAGGUCGUAUUCUGGUGGACAUACCUUGUAAGGUCUGUCAAGAUCACUCGUCAGGAAAACACUACGGAAUCUAUGCUUGUGAUGGCUGUGCCGGGUUCUUUAAGCGCUCAAUCCGACGCAACCGCCAAUACAUUUGCAAAUCGAGAGGACAGGGAAAUUGUCCUGUGGAUAAAACUCACCGCAAUCAGUGUCGGGCGUGUCGUCUUAAGAAGUGCAUUGAAGCUGGUAUGAACAAAGACGCCGUUCAGCACGAGCGAGGACCCCGUAACUCCACGAUCCGCCGCCAGGUGGCGAUGUAUUUGAAAGAGACGAGUGAGUUGGGGACGGUAUUAGCUGCUAAUCCGUACCGAUCCCCCUUCCUACCCGCCUACGUUGGCUACGAACACGUCAACGACGGUAUCACGGUAUCAGCCGUCGACCCACCCCCCACCGCUACCCCCGGGGUCAUUAUGCAACCUGUGCCAAAGGUGGGUACAGAUGUAUCUACCAUCAAACCCAAUCAGUAUCCGCACGAGAUGAUGCAGGCCUAUUUCUCCAACCCCGAAGCUGUCUGUGAGGCAGCAGCGCGACUGUUGUUCAUGGGCGUGAAGUGGGCCAAGUCAGUGCCAGCCUUCCUCAGUCUGCCCUUCAGGGACCAGGUGAUUCUCCUGGAGGAGAGCUGGAGGGAACUGUUUGUCCUGGGAGCAGCCCAGUUCCAGAUACCUCUUGAUGCAGGACCUCUUCUCUCUGCUGCAGGUUUCACAACCGAACACACUCAACCAGACAAAGUCGUCAGCCUCAUGACUGAAAUCCGUGGCCUCCAAGACGUCAUCGCCAAGUUCAAGGCUAUACAGGUCGAUCCUACAGAGUACGCGUGUCUGAAAGGGAUUGUCUUAUUUAAAUCAGUAUUUCCAAGCAAUAACACCGAGAUGAAGACCCUACGAGAGUUCCACACAGUAGCUACACUCCAGGAUCAGGCACAGCUCACCCUUAACCAUUACAUACGGACAGCCUACCCAACACAGCCAUUCCGCUUUGGCAAACUAUUACUGCUACUCCCAUCUCUCAGGUCCGUGUCGCCCGUCACCAUCGAGGAGGUGUUCUUCAGGAAAACGAUAGGACAAAUUCCCAUUGAACGUCUCUUGGUUGACAUGUUUAAAUCGAGUGACUUCUGAGUACAUGGUUGUGACUAGUAUUAAAGGUGAAGGUUAUGGGGAAUGUGCUGGCUGAACCAAGUAUUCAGACGGGGACGUCAAGGUCAUGGCGUCGAGAAGCCUUUGCUUCAGAAGAUGCUAUUCUGGAAACAAGACCAGGUGCCUUCUUAAUCAAAGUCAAGAACGUGUCCGCACUCCAAAGAAGGUCAAUCGACAAUCCACGUUGGGAUUCAUCCCCGUUCCAAUAAAGAAGUUGAUGCGCAGAAGAAACUACAUACAAGGGAGAUUAUUCACAUGCCACCGAGAUGCGACGUGACCUACUUAGGCCGAUGCUGUCCCAUGCUGUCCCAACAACCCUGAACGCUGAUCCAAGCAAACCUUGGUAUAUCCGGGCAAUUGUAAGGUAUCUACAUACCUACAUGUAUAUGCUGUCGGUCCAAGCAUAUCAUUGAAUAUGAAUACCUUAGCUGGGUGCCGUAUUCUAUCAUCUGUGAUUUUUGUUGCAAUGGACUUUAUUAAUUCUGAUGCAACGUUGAAGCUACCUCUGUACUCAAAUUAGUGUUGUGACGUUAUAGUCGUUCCAUGCAGAGACUUGUUAACCUUUAAAGAUCUGAUACACUUUGUAGAUAGAUGUGAUGCAGGAAUCUCCCUAUUUCAAAUAUUUCCUUUUCAUAACAUGUGUUGGAUCUGAUGUAUUUUAUCCGCAGCCCUCGCGGCUCUAAAGAUAUAGUCCAUGCACCAAUACAUUCAGCAACAAGUAUGUCUUUCGUCUUUAGCAAGCUAGUCUUAACUUAUAGUUCAAUAUAGUGUUACGAGUCCGUGUACACACAUUUAGCAGGCUUGUCACCCCUGUCGUUUGAAUUUAGCGAACAUUACCUCUCAGGUAAUCGGCAGUUGCUCACUGUCGGAUUGUGUUGCGCGAGUUUGUAAGGAUUAUCUUUCUUCCGCGGCGAUCGCGACACCUCUGACACAAUAUCGCCAGGGAAAAGCUGUCGACACCUUUCACCGUUCGGUUUGUGAAGCGUCCGGUUUCAUCGUCCCCUGAGUGGCUGUAUGCUUUCCUGGCGUUGGGCGGGCACCUGACCCCCUUGUGCGUGCCGGGAAGGGGGGACCACGCUGGACUUGUAACACCACUGUGUAACUCAAUCUUUAUCCCGAAACCAGAGCUCCCCGUGACCAUGACAAAAAGUCAAUUUUUCCUUUGAUAUCCUUUUCUGACGGAACGGAGAGCGUGUAGGAAUCUUAAUACAUACGGUGACUUGUGUAAUGCAACCUGUUCUAGAACAAUUUGAACUCAAAUCACAAAGAAAAGAUUUCCCUCAAAGCUAAUACCAGGCCCUUAUCGGGGGGAAUACAAAUGAAAGGCAUAUAUCGCAUGCCCUGUAAUGCCCAUUUGCUUGCUCACCUGGUGGGAAACAUCCUAGUAUGCAAUUCUUACGUUUACUCCAACACCAGACCCAUUGAUGACUGAAAUGUUAACUCCUAAUACUCUUAUUGUUCUCAAGCCCAUGUUGACUGAAGCCAAGUGCAUCAUUUAGUGCUAAAAAUGUACAAACAUUGGUCCAUUUUCACAGAACCAUUAAAUACAUUUACAAAUGAAAAAUGAUUAAGGGACCGAGAACUGUUUAAUUGAGAGGGUUGGGAUAUCUGUUUCAGGCAGAAUAUGUUGCAAGUCAGUGCUUCCAGACAUACAAAAACAUUCUCUCAAAGAAAGAGUGAAACAUUUUUUGACCCACAAAACAUUUCUUUACAUCUGUACAUCCAGCUUGUCCCGUGAACGAUUUAAUAUUUUUUGCCUGAGAUAAAUUAUUUUUACAGCAGUUUGGUGAAAGUAUUAUGGGUUUUUUUCAAAACAAAAAUCACCACUCACCGCCACCCUUCAAUCUCCAACGAAUAGUAUCAAAUGGUCAACCCCUACCUAUUUGGUUAUGAAGUUCUUUCAACAUCGGUAUCUGUUCUACAGUCUAUGUCGUAUCUUUGAAGUAGUUGUUGAUUUAUUGGUGCAAAAAGUAAAAUUAUACUAGUGCUGAGUUUUUAUUUUUAUAUUUGAUUUGUGCUUCCAGAUCUUCAAUGUUUAUCGUGUUUAGUACAUUUAUCUCUGUAAAACGGAUUGUUAUGUUUAUUUAUUAGCUUUAUGAGUAUCUUUGCUUGGGAUGUCAUGUCUAUUUGAUAAAUAGUAUGUUAUUUCAAAACCUUUCCCUACUUUUCCUAUAUGAAUAGCAAUAUCACCCUUCGGUUUGUAUCAAAUGGAUCUAUAAAAUUAUUUUUAUUUUGUUGACAUAUUCAUAUUCAUUUGGUAAGUCUGUCUUAUCGUCUAAAGUGAAUGCAAAUCUUAUUUUGUUUAUGGACUUCUUAUACCACUGAAAGUGGAUCACUAUCAUAAAUCCAUACUUUUCGAUACAUUUACAUUUUUUAAGAUGCGGUUCUCUAAAGUUACCGCAGGUGUUAGUAAUUAAACCAAUAUAUCUUUGUAAGAUUCUUUAACGGGGGGAUUAUAUUUGAGACUUUAUUUCUAACUGAUUCCCUAUCAUUUUAAACGAAUGCAAAGUCUAAUGUAAGCAAAAAGAUCUAAUUUUAUCGAACUUAAUUGAAGUUGACAGCAAAUUAACCGAAA